AUGUCUGCGCCGUCCACCCGCGGUCAACGCGGUGGCAGCUCAACAAGGGGUGGACGAGCGACCUCGUCUUUGUCCAACACUCGUGGUCGCGGUAGUUCGCGAGGACCGUCUGUCACGAGUCGCGGACGAGGUAGAGGCGGCGCAAAUGUCUCGACCACCGGUGGUGACGGGCUACUACAAAAGCUGCGGACAGGGACGAUCAAGAGAGGGUCGGAAAAUGGCACAUCCACACCGUCAGGAAGAGGGCGCGGUGCCUCGACUACGGUGUCCUCCACGCCCAGUGUGCGAGGACGCAGUCGUGGACGCGGUUAUCUGUCGCAAUCCUUCAAUGCGCCUAAUCCUCAGCAGUCGUCGUCGCCGUCGUCGACACCAGCCUCUCGCCCAUCCUCGCCUGCGCCCUCCAACCAUCGCGACUUCAUGAACGCCGCGUUCGCCAAGUUCCAAGAGCUCAAACAAAAACGAGAGAAGGAGAGGGCCAAGGCAAUUCGCGAUGGAUUUCUUGCAGAUCCGGAGAAGAAGACGAGUCUCGACAAGGCCAUUACCCCCGUCGGCACCUGUACCGAAAUGUGUCCGGAAUUCGAAAGAGUCGAACGGAUCGUGCAGAACAUGGUCGACAAAGCGGAAAAGGUCCACAAUGAAGACACCGGGAAGGACAUCCCUUCAGAGGACCGCAUGGUGAAACGCUUCCGUCGGUCUGCUGCCGGAUACGAUGAACAGCUUCCCUCUGACAUACGCACUCCGGCGACCCUCCAAAAGACUUUGGACUAUCUCCUCGACAAGGUGAUUGGGGGCGAAGAACGACUAGCCACCAUCCACAAAUUUGUUUGGGAUAGGACCCGCGGGAUUCGAAACGACUUCUCCAUCCAACAAGUCACCAACGUGGACGAUGUCAAGAUCGCCGUCGACUGCUACGAGCGGAUAGCCAGAUUCCAUAUCCUGUCGCUUCAUCAGUUGUCUAACCCGGACAAUCUCAUGGAGGGUGAACACUUUGACGCACACCAGGAACGGGAGCAACUCAACAACACGCUGCUCUCCUUGCUUUACUACUACGAUGACAAUCGGCAACGGGUGAAUUUCGCGAAUGAAGGCGAGUUCCGGGCGUACUGCAUCAUCUUCGAGCUCCAGUCGCAGCAUCCAGAUCUCGAAGAUCGCAUUCAAUCCUGGCCUAAGCGUCUCCUGGACGACAAGAGGGUGCAGACAGCACUCAAGCUGUACAUGGCUGCAGGCAACACCCUUUUCGAACAGGGCCCUCUGCGACCUACAGAGCCGUUUGCAAUCGCUCAGAGUAAAGUGGGAGCCUUUUGGAACAUCCUCUCGUCACCGGCCGUGCCAUACAUCAUGGCGUGCGUGGCCGAGAUCUACUUUGCCCCCGUUCGGUUCGCCGCCUUGGACGGGUUAUGGCGAUCGUGUAAGAGCGCGCCGGCAGCACAGCAAUCCAAGUCCAGAGACUGGAGUCUCGCGGACGUGACAGACUUCCUGGGCUUUGACACCGAAGGAGAGACGAGGGACUUCUGCGCCGCUCUCGAUCUUUACUUCGCCACGGACGAAAACGGCGACGAGUAUCUCGACGUGACGUCCAACAGUGCUCAUUCUCUCGAUCAAUCCUCGAUCCCCAAUCGGCAGUCGUUCUCACGCACUUAUGUCGAAAAGAAACGCUAUCACCGCACACUGACCGCCGCGAUCAACGCCGUGCCCGUGGCUGAGGCGAUUCGACAGGGCCUCAUAGAGCCGGAGGACGAGCCAGAAGGCGCAGAAGAUGAUGCAGACGCAGCUGGAGAAGACGACCAGAGCAUGUUCGUCCCUGAAGCCAAAGCGACACCCACUCAUGGUGCGGUCAAGUCUUCUCCCUUCGGAUCUGCACUCAAUCCCGAAGCCUCGUCAUUCGCGCCGAAGGUUGCAGCCGGCCCUUCUUCUGUCUUUGGCAAACCGGCGGACAAGUCGACUUCGACUUUCGGGCAAGCGACGAGUUUCGGUCAACCGACAGCUUUCGGAUCGUCUGGCUUCGGCAGCUCCGGUGUUUCUGUCGGCUUUGGUUCAACAUCUUCGCCAUCCGCAUUUGGGAAACCUGCCGCCGGUCAGCAGCAGCAGCAGCAGCAGCAGGCUGAACCGUUCAGUUUUGGAGGCUUCGCUCACCCGCCGAAAGAGCCCUCGUUCAGUCCUGCCCCCUCGACACCUCCUCUGAGCGCCGAAUCUGUCAAAACACCGACCUUCACUGGUUUCAAUUUCGGACAGACAGUCACCACGGCUGCUGCUGCGGCCAGCACACCGGCAGUGGCCACAUCUUCGUCUUCUGCUAUUCCCCCUAUUUUCGGCCCACGCGCAGUCUUUCCGGCCACCUCGGGGCCAGCUGAAGAGUCAAAACCAAAGGCCAGCUCACCAGCAACACCAUUUCCAUUCGACAAUUCGUCGCAGCCUGCUGUCCAGGCCCCCAAACCCGCCGAGCCAGCAUCCAAAGUCCUGGCCACACCACAGACUGGUUUCCCUACAGCGCCGACGGUUUCCUUCCCACCACAGGCUUCACAACAGAACCCAGCGCCUCCUCAAGCCAAUUCUACAUCCAACGAAGCAAGAUCACCACUCACGUCUCCACCUACCACCGAAGCAUUCUCCUUCAAGCCGACAACGACAGCUACCGUUCCGCCACCGCCAACUUUCUUCUCCUCGCAGCCCCCAUCGACUUCCGAAGCACCAUCCAAACCUCCUUCAGAAGGGUUCAAAUUUCCACCUGUCGAAUUACCCACGUCCAAGUCUGCCGAUCACGUCCCAGCCAAACCCGUUCCAUCUCAAGCAGAGCCAUCCCCCAAAUCUUCGGUACAGCCCGCUUCUUCCUUGAAAGCAGCUCAGGAGAACACAGUGUCGUCGCAGUCUCCCCUUGCUCCUUCGGCCGAACCUGAGUUCACUCAAGCAGAUCGGGAUCAACUGGUGGACAAUCUUGCCCAGGUGGCAUUGCUCCGUAAGAAUGGAUUGAUGCAGCAUUAUAUUGAAUACACGCUUCCUGAUCUCAUUCGGACCGCAUUCAACCAGCAUCAAAUUGAGGUUCAUGAUGCUGCUGUCGCGUCAAUCCGCUCGCGGAUUUUGGCGAGAAAAUUCGGGUACAUCUGGCGAACACGAGCGUGGAAGAACAGCCUCAACCGGCGGGCCAGGAACAGACGCCACCUUUUCGCCCAGACGAUGAGAGCCGAGCAGGAGCGCAGGAAGAGAAGUGAAGAGGAAUUGGAGGAAAUCAUUCGCGCCACCCAGGAGACCAAACGCCUACAGAAGGAGGUGGAACAGAUCACCGAAGCCCGAAGAUCCAAACACAGCAGCAGUGUUCAAUCUGAGCAUGCACCUGGCAAAGUGGCUGGUCAGAAGAGGAAGAGUUUCUCUGGACAAACACAGUCCGGCAGUGUCGUCUCGCAGAAUGGGACCGGCCCUGGGACGCCUGCAAAUCCAGGGCACAAGAGAUCAAGGACGAUGGGCACAUUCUCCGAGUCCAACGUGUCCGACAGAAGCUCGCUGCCACCUGUCCCAAGCUUUCAUGCAACCACCAUGUCCAGACCGGCGCAUCACCUUUCGAUCUUCUCGGCCAAAUCGACGCUGGGCCGCUCCGCCAGCAACCAUGACUUGCGCCAGUCAACGUCUGCUCAGAAGGUCGACACAACCCACACGGAUUACUUCCGACUCAAGGCGAUGGGUAUUGAUCCCGACACCUCCAUUAUACCGGACACCGCCGAGACAGUUGCCCUCCGAAAGCGCCGACAGGAAGAAGAGAGAAAAGCCAUCCUGGCUAAAUCAAGCAGACGUACGGGCCCUGCUGGGUCUGUCUCUUUGCAGAGUUCUCCUACUACGAGCGCCGUUGCGGCGUCACCUCCUGUUGCCGGCAGCACCCCUUCUAUGGUCUUCUCUCCGACAUCUGAAGUAACAGCGCCGAAGACGACGGCCAGCGUUCCCACCGGUGCAGACGACUUUCUCAAGCAGAUUCGAGAAGCGCGCCAGGCGAUGGCCGAACAAGCCGAAUGGUUCAAGGAGCAGACAGUCAGCCUCGAAAAGGAAAUGGAGCAGGAGGAAGAAUUCCGCAAGAGUCGAGACAGUCAUGCUACGAGAGGCGGCAGUCUUGUUACAUCCACUGCUGCUGAUGCUCCUUCAACAAGUGUUCAUGGUCUGGCUACGACGAAUGGCUACGAGUAUCAACCUGGGACGAGUCUAUCCCGGACAGAAAGACGGAUUCGCGCCACGGGUGCUCACGGUCUAGCAACGAGACCUCUGCGGUCGACUUCCGAGUACAUCCCCGUCGCCAUGUCUAAGAGAAGUGCGAUGAGGUAUAUUAGUGCCCAGGGUGCGACCAAUCCAUCUCGAUCCGGUGGACGAUCAGCAACAUCAUUUGACACGACGACGCUGGGAAAGAAACGAUCGCACUAUGAUGACGACGAAGAAGAAGCAGAAGAAGACAUCGAUCCAGACCUGGGGAGCAGCGGAGGACGAAAGGGUCAAGAUGCCUUUGGUCACGUCGAUCUCGGCGCACAUCAUCAUGCGUCGAAGCGGCCGCGGUCUGAAGCGGAACAUGGAGAUGGUGAUACAACUGCACGUGCAAAUGUCCAUGUGCAAGCUCAUCGGCACCUUCACCAGACCAAGACCAGUCGGACUCGGAGUCGGAAUCCUUACGACCUUCUCCAGUCUAAUUCGAUUGUGCAGGACGAAGUCGACGAAGGUGAUGAACACCAAAGUGAAGAAGAAGAAGAAAUCUUGGAAGAUGAAGAUGAAGAACUCGUCGAAGAUAUUGAUCAUCAGUCCACUCAGAGAGCGGCUCCAGAUUACCACGACCACCACCAGGAGGAAGAGCAGGUGGAAGUCACUUCUAACGGUCAAUAUCAGUAUCAGCAUCCAUACCCGACCCCGUACCGUGGCGAUGCACACCAUGACCAGGCCGAGAGGGAAGAUCUCGAAGACGAUGAAGACCUUCUCGAAGAAGAGGGAGAAGAAGAAGAAUCCAACCUCGAGGAAGAGUACGAGUAUGAAGAAGAAUACGAGUACGAAUACGCCGAGGAAGAGGAACGACAAGGCCAACAUGGCCAUGGCCAAGACCGAGAACGAGAACGAGGACAAGGACGAGGGCCAGAAACCACAGAAGAUGAACUCGUCGAGGACGAAGGAGACGAAGACGACGAAGAUGAUCGAGAAGAUGAAGAAGAUUUCGAUCAAGACGACGAGGAUAGUCUCGACGCAACCACCACCACCACCCCGUCGACCACCUCGGCGCAUUUGGCCAGUCGCGCGACGAGCAAUGGGCCCGGCGCGAGCGUCGACGACGCACUGGUCUUGAGUGAUAGCGACUGA